UACGUAAAUCGGCCAACUGAGCUAUCCUGUUCGGCUCAGCUUUCUAAAUUCAUUAUCCCCAAAUAGUCUCAUUCCUUCCUAUCCGGUCUUCUACAAGCUUCUUGUAUGAAAUCUUCUAGAUACGUGCGUACGCAUAUUACUUUCAGAUAAGCCAGGCCCUCGUUUUACUCCACACCCAGAACGACGUCUACUUUCCGCUUCGGGCAUUGCCUAAAUCGGCUACAAGUGGUAGAAACAGGUAGUCUAUCAGCUCACAAUAUCGUCCCGUUCCAAGAUCUACCUACUUGGUGCUUCCCGACACCUAGAGCUGCCUUUGGGCAUCGAUCCUCCCAUAGACGGCUAGGGUCCUUCGACGGCUGCUGUGUCGGCGCAUGUCCAGUUACUACGCCCAAAAUACCACGCAACAACUACUACAGUUCCCCCUAGUUGAUCCUUUUGGAAUUACUACCCAUGUGUUUGGCAUCGACCUUCAAAUGAGGCUGGGCUUUGGGAUCCAACAGUUCCACAAACCCCGAUCGUAUCCUGUCCCCUCUCUACUAAGUUGGCCGUCCCAUCCAACUUUCUUAUGCAAAGCAUGCGUUCCCACGCUGCCGCCUAGUUCCUAUUCAUGUCUUCUAUCGAGAUGAUGCUCACAGCCAAGCAGCCAGUUCAACACGGAUACCGGCCUGUCCAUGAUCUACCGACGCCGCCUCGAUCCUCGCCCCCCUUGAGUGUUCAGGACUCUUUGCAGAAGACUUUUGUAGCUCUCCCACAGAAUCAGAGCCCAUCUACCAAGCCCAUGUCAGCACCUCAUCGUGGCCUGCCUCUCCCGGCAGCCAUGACACUAGCUCAACCGCCGCCGCCACAGGCUCCUGGUCCACCUCACCCACCAGCUCCGGGACCGCCUUUACAUUCUCAGGGAGCGCCAGCUCCUUCUCCGCAUAGUCAGACGCUUGGUUCGUUACCAGCGCCCCCUCCUCAACAUCAGGGCUCUGAAGACGCAAUGAGAAACUGGUUGGCGGCCAAAACUGAAGAGGAAAAGAGGAAACAGGAAGAAGAAAAGACGCGGCAGGAAACGUUACGUUUGGAACAGAGAAAACUGGAGUACGACAUGCUCCGAACGUCUUUAGAUCGGGGUAUACCACCACCGAUGGUGCCUGUCGUUUUCGCAGGAAUGAGCGGCGGAACGCUACCGCAGGUGGCCCUCGAAUGGGCGCAACAGUAUUUGAUGCCGCAGCAGGCGCACGCAGCGCAGAUCAUGCCAGCCCAGGGGGCUUUAUCACCGGAGGCUCGAAGAGAGUCCCAGCAGUACGGGGGGCAGCAGUAUGGUGUCCCGUCGACACCAGGAUCGGCGCCAGGUGCUCAAGCAAGCUUUAUGCCCUACCAAGGGCCUAGCUCACCAAGACAUAGAGCGCACACGUUAAGUAUAGGCGGAGGUGUAGGAAGACCCUUGGGGAGUUCAGCUCUUCCGCGACUAAGUACAGGAGAAGGGGCUGCUGGACCGCCCGGGAUGCCUCACCCGGCACAUGUGCUCGCACAGCAGCAGCAGCAGCAGCAACAGCAACCGCAGCAAGAUACCCAGUCGCCGUCGAUAUAUUUUCACCAUUGGCAACCCCCGGCCACUCAAGGAGGCUCUAAUCAGCCAGGAACGCCUUCUGAAUCGCCUAAGAAACGAAAAGCGACGGGUCCCCAGCAAGCGCCGCCUCCGCCGAGCCAAACGCGAUUUAGAUCUCCGCCUUUCGGGCAGCACGGAUCUUCGACAUUAUCAAAUCCGCCUCCCGGUCGACGGCGAGGUCAUUCGCGACAGAGAAGCGACGUCUCGUCUUACCGGUCUGCGGGGCGCGGUCGACUUGAACAAUUUGGUCCGCACCAGGGACUUUCACCUGGCCUUGGCCCGUCAAGGGAAAGCGGGUUAGGCGAACCGUCACAACAAUCUAGGAGCGGCGCACAUACGGUCUCGUCAUUAUUAGCAGACCAGCCUUCGCCACGAUACGCGUCGGAAAUGAGAGCGCAGCAGAGCGAGCACGAACGACGAAAUUCCCCGGCGACGUCGGAUGAAAGGUCGCGUGGUGGAGCGACAAGGAUAGGAUCAGGAGGACCCGGACGAGAAAAUGAUUAAGGACAAAAAUGAUUUUUAAGGACAUACGUGUUAUGGGUUAUUGGAAGUCCGUCCAUAUUUCAGCCUCUGGGGCGGGUUCUGAGGACAACAAAUUUUUUUUUUUUUGUUUACCAAUCUCUGGAAGUGUGAGGCCCUACUCUCACGACAAUAUCGAUUUGUUGCUCAAGAUCAUCACGGGACAUUUUUUAAGUGCGCUAUGAUUUAACCAGCAAGAGGGGGGUGAUUUGCUUCUCCCCCAAAAUAG